UUAAUCAUCAUUAUGCGUUUCUUGUAAUUGUAACUAAUGUGGGAGAGCACCACAAUACAUGCGCGACGGAUGCGCGUGGGCAAUCGUGCGCAAUCGUCAGCCUAAUUGGAUUCCUGUUAGUAGUGUGUUAUUAUCUCAUUUGCCACACGCAUGUAUCCUGUCGCCAGGUAUAUAAAGUGUAUCACAGGUUACUUAAGCUACUAUCUGUUGUCCUUCUUCUACUAUAAUUUUAAAGGUUAGCGCAAUUUCAUUCUCAAACCCUGUCCUGUUAUCCCAAGGAUUAAAAUGGCACGAUUUGUGGUUUUCCUCACAUUCGCCGUGUUACUCCUGGUCACCAUUUCAACAGCUACUGAAGAUCCCACGCCACAGGGUGAUAGCGCACCCACAGAACAGAAAAAGGAUCUGUUCGCCACCGUCGCACCUUACAAAGAUGGUUCAACCACCUCUGAUGGCCCGAAGACUAGCAAUAACACUUCUAGUGCGAGCACCGAUGACGUGUAGUGCCUUGUUUACCAAGUUAUUACGUCAUCUAGUAUCUAAUAAUAAUGUUUACCAAGCUAAAAGCAAAUGGACAAAGUGUUUACUGGUUGAACAUCUGGGUUACACCAUCUUACUUUAAAUAUAACAAACGUUAAUAGUCUUUCAAACUCCAUACAAAAUUCACCGGUUGAGAUUACAGUCACUAUUAAAUUAAAAUGAUGCUACUUAGCCUAAGAUGGACUUCUGUAACUUUCAUUUGUUUGUUUUAUACAUAAUACGAGUAAAUACUUCAUUGUCACUUCAAUAUCCAAUAAACAAAGAAGUUAAUGAUAAUUUCCUGAUAAAAACGCUUUUUGUUCAUACAUUUAAUUCAUUUUAUUGUUUUAAGAUCUAGGAUUGGUACGAGUGCUUUGAAAGUAACCUACCGAUUAUUAUUUAUUUUAAUUUGGAUAAGAAUUUCAUUCUAUACUACUCUCAAUAAGAUAGAGUCAAUA